AAUAAGGUCUAUAAUAAGGCCCAGUUAACAUAUUUGGUCAACUCUAUAUCGGAAAAUCCUAACAUAGGAAAAAGAUUUCAGAAGGAGAAUAAGGAACGUGUUAAUACAUAUUGGAAGAAGUUGCAUGAAUCCCUCAACAGCAUGGGGCCACCACUGAAAUCAAUUGCAGAAUGGAAAAGGAUUGGAUAGACCAGAAAUGAUAUGUUCGGAAAAAGGCUGUCCAGAAUGCGCCAAAAAAAAAAAAAAAAGACCGGCGGAGGACUGUGUAAAGAGUAUACUUUCUCUGUUCUGGAAUAGUCCAUUUUGAAUUUAACAGCGACAAUGGAAAGCGUGAAAGGUAUAUAUGGUGGCAGGGUUUUUGGUUUUUUGAAUAAUAGCGUUGACGGCAAAAGUAUCAUUAAAAUACCAACGGAAAAUAUAAGUACAACGCCUGCUCACAAACCGAAACGACAAACACAGAAAACAACUAAUACUUCUGAACUACCGAAUAUGGAACUGCAAAUACAAAAAGAAAUAUGUGCUAACUUAAGUAAAUUCGGAGUGAACACUAAAUAGAAAUACAGACAGAAUUAAGGAAUUUAAAAGAAGGCAUUACUCAUUUUCAAAGAAAUCAAGUAAUUUACUAACAGAAACAAAACGUCACACUGUACAGAUUGAACGCUUCUGAAAACUAGAAAUAGAAAAUAAACGUACGCCUCAAUACUACUACAUUUUACGUUUGCGCUGCACAAACAUUGCUAUAGAUUUUCGCUGCCAUGUACGCUGAACAAAUUUCUACUAUUUUUUUUUUAAAUUUACAUUCAGGGAAAAAAAUUAUUGGCAAAUUUGGAAAAAAUAUCAGAAAUGUUUAUUGAAUUCUUUUUCUGUAAUACUUGAAAAUUUAUAAAGUCGUUGCCUAAAUGGCUCGUUUCGAUAAUACAUCAUCAAUAUUGAUUCCCCCUUUAUACUCCUAAAUGCGUAGAAGAUCGGAAAGACGUUGGUCAGAAAGCGUGUUUCUUUGCUUAUUUUGAAUUAAUUUGAAAGUGGAAAAUUCCCGUUCAUCAGUUUCAAAAAAAAAAAAUAAUAAUAAACAUUUUAAAAAUUCGAGGUGUUUCUGUCAGUGUACUAAAUGCCGAUUCUUUGUGUUGACCUAGCGUUGUUUUAUAUAAACCUCUUCGUUCUUUUUAAUUUUUC